GUCAAAGUUGAAUUUUUAUAAACAUGGUGGGGAACAGUGGCAUCCGCGUGGUUCACCGAGGUGGAAGUAAAAUAAAUUUUAGGGAGCCGGUAAUAACUAAUGAUUCAAGGUUCCUGUUGUGUUCCGCAGGCGAGUGUGUGAAAGUGUUCAGCACUUCGACAGAAGAAUGCAUCCAUGAUUUGCAAGGACACACACACCUGGUGACAGGUGUUGCCAUCAACCCCUCUAACCACCUUCAGGUGUACUCUAGUUCAGUAGAUGGCACUGUUAGGCUUUGGGACUUCACUGAUGGCAUCCUUAUCAAGACUUUUGUCAUUGGGUAUCCUAUCUACUCCCUCCACACCUCUGCAAAGCAUGGUGGAAUCCUAUUUGUUGUUGUCCCCAUGGCGAAAGACAAAAGAUCCGAGGUGUUCCAGCUGGUUGCUGUGCAUCUGCCGCGCAGCGGAGAGCAGCUGGUCGAGGCCCAAGAGCUAUCCGCUGUGAUCAGCAAUGUAAGCCCCAACCCAGCCACUAUCAGCUUUGGCCAUGAGGGUGAAUAUAUUGCUUCUGCCAAAAGUUUUCAACUGGAGGUCUUCUUCCUCAAGAAACAGAAGUCAUAUAAGUUUUUUCUGAGUGCAAAUAACAAGAAGGGAGUCCAGAACACAUUCACGUGCGUCUCCUGUCACCCAAAGGAGGACUGCAUUGCUACCGGUCACGAGGACGGAAAGAUUCGCUUGUGGAGAAAUAUCAACCAGAAGAAGGACUAUACAUAUUCCACCGUCCACUGGCACCAUACUGCCGUCGGCUCCCUUUGCUUCACCCCAGAAGGCACCAGUCUGCUGAGUGGAGGCCUGGAGUCGGUUCUUGUUCAGUGGCGCUAUGGCCAAGAUAGCCAGAGAGACUUUCUGCCUCGCCUGGGAGCUGCUAUAACACACAUCACUGUCUCACCUGAUGGCUCGCUCUUCUGUACCUCCCAUGCAGAUAACAAGAUCACAAUCAUCCAGAGCUGCAUCAAUAUUUCUGCUGUCAUUCAGGGCCUGGUCAAAGGAGAUGGUGUCAGGACAGACCUGAUGGUGGACCCACGUAGCAAAGCCCUGGUGCUCAAUGGGAAACCUGGCCACCUGCAGUUCUACUCCCUCCAAAGAGACAAGCAGCUGUACAAUCUUGACAUCGUACAGCAGGAGUACAUUCAUGAGGCUGGUCUGGAGCAAUUUGAGGUGGUCAAGGCAGCAUUCAAUAUCGAUGGCAGCUGGCUGGCUACAGUGGAGGAAAGGAAACAGAAAGACUCAGAGCUGGAGUUCAAUUUGAAACUGUGGGCCUACGUUGAGAAAACCCAGAGUUUUGUGCUAAACACGACUGUCUCGGCCCCCCACGAGGCCCGGAUUACAGCCAUGUGCUUCAGCCACACAGCCAACAGCCAGACCACCAUGCUGGUCACGGCCAGCCAAGACAGACACUUCAAAGUCUGGCAGCUGGCCGAGCCAGCCCACACAGAGGAUGAAGGGCAGUCUUGGUCGUGUGACUUUGUGGGCGCCUAUCACAGCCUGGUGCCCACAUGCUGCUGCUUCUCAGCUGAUGGCUCUCUGUUGGCCGUCAGCUUUAAUGAGGUAGUGACCAUGUGGAGCCCCACCUCCUGGGAGCUCCUAACAACGUUGUCGCAGCCACCAGGGGCCAUCAGGGACCUUUGUUUUGGGAGGCUAAGCUGUUCUAAGUAUCUGAUGGGAACCACUGACAUGAAUCUCCUAUGCUGCUGGAACCUCCUCACUUGCUCCUUGGAAUGGAGCACAUCUAUGGAUGUAAGCCUGCUCCUUGCUGACCCUGUAUCUGAGAAUAUGGCAGCCUUCUGCUAUCAGGCCGGAGGCACUGAUUUGUUUGUGUUUAAGCCCAGUGAACCACGGCCACUUUUCUCCCACAAGGCUGUAUGCUCAGGGAAUGUGACACGUGCUGUCUUUUCCCCGCGGGAGGAGAUGCUUGAUAGUUGCAAGGAUGAGGAGCAGUGGCUUAACCGCUCCCAGCUCUAUUUCCUCACGCAGCACAUGGAUCUGAUGACGUUCAUCACCAAGGCAGAGGAGGACAGAUUGAUGGCUUCUAGCAAACAACUUGUGGUUGAUGAAAGUGUCGCCAUCACGCCAUUCAACCUGCUGCUAGGGAAACACAGGCAACAGCAACAGGAAAAGCAAGACACGCUGUCUGCUGAGAGAAUCCAACUUCCUCAGGGCUCUGUCGCUAUCAAGGAGCUUCUGCACACGCCAGCCCAUGUACUGCCUUCAGCUUCCUUCCUCUGCUCCAUGUUUGUUCGCUCCCUGCUCAUUUCCACCACAGAUGCCAAAGAGGCAAGUGAACCUGAGGAGGAGGAAAUGGACAGUGAUAAAGAGGAAGAGGACUCUGAGGUGGAAAUGCAGACUAGCACCACGAGACAGGAGCGUGCGGCAUCAUCUCAGGAAUCUGCAGCCCAAGUUCUCACCAAGGCCCAGGAGAGGGAACUUAGGAUGGUGAAGAAAUUAGACCGCAGUUGGCUCAGUGGUCUCCUGGACUCCUUACCUUGACACUGCACGUACACAUAUAAACAUGCUCAAAAAAUUUAUACAGACACACGCAGACACACACACACACACCAUUGUACAAUCACUCAGAACUUUCCAUAUUGUUGAAAUGUAAUAAAAAGAUUUAAGUGUUUCUUUACCCCGUUGUCUAUAUUUGUUGAGUUCACUCUACUUCGCAUCAGAGUUCACCUUUUUGCACAACAUGGGAGUUAGUAUGAUUGGCCUAUGGAAGACAGUGUCUUCAUGACCAUUUUUGAGUGAUGCAAUACAGUAUAUUAACUCGGGUGUAAAAGGCUGUGGACUUGGACAUGUGAACAUACCUGAUUAAGUCAUGAUGUCUAUUACCUUACAUUUAUCUUAUAUAAGCUGAUGAACUAUGACACCUAUACAUUACAUUUUGGUGGGGAUUGGGACUGACAGUUGACUACAAGUCAGUGCAGAUAAAGUAUAAUAAUGAAAAACUUUGCUUUGGUCAAAAUGGCAAAUGUGAAUUGCCUUAGAAUGUUGCCCAUUAAAUUUAAGACUAUUCAGAAACAACCAUCAUGUUGGUUAUACCUCUCCCCAUAAUAUAGGGCCCUAGACAUGGAUAGAAUUAGGUAGGAGGUACCAUGAAGUCAGCAAAAUUCAGUGUACACUUGAAUAAUAGAGAAGUGUCAAGCCCUGAGUAAGCUAUAUGGUCCGUUUUUCUUAACCCCAGUUUUUUGUUUUUUUUUCUUUCAUUUCCCAUGGUGGAAAGUGUGCUCUUUCAUCUCAGCAUUUUCACUUCCUUUCUGUAUCAAAUACUGUCUGUGGUAAAAAUUGAGAAACCACCUGUAUGUCCAUAAUUAGGAAGCAGCAGCAGGAGAGAUGAGCUGACAAGUAUAGAAUCUAUGAUCCAGUUGACACUGGGUGAAGUGAGCUGUGUGUUGUGUCCACUGCCACUAUUGUACAGUUGGGAAAUGCACUAAAGCCUGCAACCAGGGGGGCUGUACCCCUGCUCUGACCUUAUUGAAACUUUGACGUCCUUGUACAAUCAGUU